CUAGCUGAAUAUGGCACACACUUCAUUCAGCUCGACUCGAGUGCAUUAGAAGUCUUCUACUCAACAGUUCGAAGAAAACCAACAAACGCAAUCAACAUGAAAUUCGUCAGCCUUGCAUUGGUCGUCCUGUGUGCAGUUGCAUACGCUGCUGCUCAAGUUGAACAUGAAGAACAACAGGAAUCUUAUAUCGUAGGCCGUGUUAAACGCCAAAAUGAUCGAGGAUCGGUUAGCAUCCAAGCGACGAAACCUCUCAGUGGCCCGGAUCGCCGACCAUCCCUCGAUGUGGACUACCACCAUCGAUUCUUUGAAAGGGACAACGCAAACGCGAACGCCUACGGAGGACUGAACAUUCGUCCAGGAAUGCCGCCGCAACCGCACAUUGGCCUCCAGGCAGAACGUACUUUUCGCAAUGGUGGUUUCAUUAGAGGAUUCGGUCAAGUUCAGCGCGGCCCAGGUGGCGGACCCUCGCCUACUUUCGGGCUGGGCGCUGGCAUGAGAUUCAGGCGAGACGCUGACUUUGAGGAGCAGGAAUAUCAAUACUAGUAGACCUGUCGGGAGUCACAGAUGAUCCACUUAGACGCCCGCAAGAGAAUGUCUCGUUAAGUGGAUAAUAACAUUCUUUAACUCGAUCCUGGGAUGCAGCAGACGAGAAAGUUAAGAAGAACGUUACCGACCAGCUGCCAACUUGCAUUUGAAUAUUUGGAUUUGAAUGGAAACUCUUCGAAUAUGCUGCAUGUCAUCAAAUACUCUUUAGAAACCAUGUUUAACUCUGCUACGGUCAUUGGGUCUUCUUUUAUCCGAUCACGUCUUCAUAUUUAUAGUACUAUUUUGUUUACCUUUCUUUUCGAUUUUGUCGCCUUCUCAUUUUGUUAAGGAUACUUUUCAAUGAGGGAAUAGUGUGAGGAAAUUAUUAUUAGACUAUGUGCUUUCACUUUUUGAACGAUGUUUGAAAUUUGUAGAUGAACUGAGGAUCCUAGCAGGGUUAAAAUGUUCAAAAAAUGCUUCAUAGUCAUUCGUGACAUUUAGGAUAUAGUGAUUACCUCGCUUAUUAUUGCAUUUGCCGUUACUUAUUACUUAUGUAUUACUUAUUAUUUAUGUAUUAUUAAUUGAUGCAUUUAUUUUAAUCUAUUAUAAUUUGUAUUUGAUGCUACGGUGCUACGACAUUAAUAGAAUAGUGUAUUGUAAAUGUCUUAAAUUAUUUUAAAUAAAUGUAGUUCUUAAAGCAUAA